CAGCCAUCACCACAAGCAGUUUUGGCCUUCUCAGAGACAUACGUAGAAUUUGCAUGCCUGUGGUUCCAGCGGCUGGGAAUGCUGAGGCAGAGGGCCUUGAGUCCAAGGAGUUCUGGCCAGCCUGGGCAACAAACCUAGAGUGAUCACUGACCAUCGCAGAUGCCCUCGCAUUCCUCCUUGAAUUCCUUGGAUACGGAUAGACUGUGAGCUGCCUUUCCCAGCAAAAAAGAAAGAUGUGGAAAGCUUCUGCAGGCCACGCCGUGUCUGUCACCCAGGACGAUGGGGGAGCCGAUGACUGGGAGACUGACCCUGAUUUUGUGAAUGAUGUGAGUGAAAAGGAGCAAAGAUGGGGCGCCAAAACUGUGCAGGGAUCGGGUCACCAGGAACACAUCAACAUCCACAAGCUGCGAGAGAAUGUCUUCCAAGAGCACCAGACGCUCAAGGAGAAGGAGCUGGAAACAGGCCCCAAGGCUUCCCAUGGCUAUGGCGGGAAGUUCGGCGUGGAGCAGGAUAGGAUGGACAAGUCAGCCGUUGGCCACGAGUACCAGUCAAAGCUUUCCAAGCAUUGCUCACAAGUGGACUCAGUCCGCGGCUUCGGAGGCAAGUUCGGUGUCCAGAUGGACAGGGUGGAUCAGUCUGCUGUAGGCUUUGAAUACCAGGGGAAGACGGAGAAGCACGCCUCCCAGAAAGACUACUCUAGUGGCUUCGGCGGGAAAUACGGUGUACAAGCUGACCGUGUGGACAAGAGCGCUGUGGGCUUUGACUACCAGGGCAAGACGGAGAAACAUGAGUCACAGAAAGAUUACUCCAAAGGUUUUGGUGGCAAAUAUGGAAUCGACAAGGACAAAGUGGAUAAAAGUGCUGUGGGCUUUGAGUAUCAAGGCAAAACAGAGAAGCAUGAAUCCCAGAAAGACUAUGUGAAAGGGUUUGGAGGAAAAUUUGGUGUGCAGACAGACAGACAAGACAAGUGUGCCCUUGGCUGGGACCAUCAAGAGAAGCUGCAGCUGCAUGAAUCCCAAAAAGACUAUAAGACUGGUUUCGGAGGCAAAUUUGGUGUUCAGUCCGAGAGGCAGGACUCCUCCGCUGUGGGGUUUGAUUACAAGGAGAGAUUGGCCAAGCACGAGUCCCAGCAAGACUAUGCCAAAGGAUUCGGCGGGAAGUACGGGGUGCAGAAGGAUCGGAUGGACAAGAACGCAUCUACCUUUGAAGAUGUGGCCCAGGUGCCCUCUGCCUACCAAAAGACUGUCCCCAUUGAGGCUGUGACCAGCAAAACCAGUAAUAUCCGAGCUAACUUUGAAAACCUGGCAAAGGAGAGGGAGCAGGAGGACAGGCGGAAGGCGGAAGCAGAGAGAGCUCAGCGGAUGGCCAAAGAGAGGCAGGAGCAGGAGGAGGCUCGAAGGAAGCUGGAAGAGCAAGCCAGAGCUAAGAAGCAGACACCCCCUGCAUCCCCUAGUCCUCAGCCAGCUGAGGACAGACCGCCUUCCAGCCCCAUCUAUGAGGAUGCAGUUCCGUUCAAGUCAGAGCUGAACUACCGAAGUAGUGAACCUGAGUCUGUGUACAGCACUGAGGCUGCAGGUGGCCCCGAGGCCAGUACCCAGCAAGGCCUAGCCUACACAUCAGAACCUGUCUAUGAGACCACAGAGGCUCCUGGCCACUACCAAGCAGAGGAUGACACCUAUGAUGGAUAUGAAAGUGACCUGGGCAUCACAGCCAUCGCCCUGUAUGACUACCAAGCUGCUGGCGAUGAUGAAAUCUCUUUUGACCCCGAUGACAUCAUCACCAACAUCGAAAUGAUUGACGAUGGCUGGUGGCGUGGGGUGUGCAAAGGCAGAUACGGGCUCUUCCCGGCCAACUACGUGGAGCUGCGGCAGUAAGGCA